CCCUAUUAUAUCAUGUCAAAAAUGACUUCACAGGAUAACUCUGAGCCAGCUCAGGUAGCCACGGAUAUCUCUGGUCUUCUCCCUCCCGAGCAUUGGGCAGAGGAGCUGGGCGACACAGAUUCUGCUCUGGAAGAUGAUAAUGCUGAGUCGACCGCAUCAAUUACUUCAAGUAUCCUCGAGUAUAGAAACAUCAAUGGCAGAACAUAUCACCACGAUAUCGGUAACGCGCAGUACUGGGGAACGAAUGACGAAAGACAAAACGAAUCCAUGGAUAUCAAGUGUGUUUUGUGUUUGCAAGCUCAAAUAUGAGUACUAAUGCGUGUAGCCAUCAUGUUUUGACGCUGGUUCUGGAUGGUGCGCUGUACCUUGCACCUCUCUCAAAGGAUAUCAAGGAUAGUUCUACACCAUCUCUAUUAACUGGAAUCAACAGCGAUUUCGCGGAUAGCUUCCCGGACACGCAAGUCAUAGGCACCGAUGUAUCACCGAUCCAACCGGGAUGGAUCCCUCCUAACCUACGAUUCGAUAUCGAAGAUUGCACUCAAGAGUGGACGUUCGCCCCUAACUCGCAGGAUUACAUCCACUUCCGUUGGCUUGUCGGCAGUAUCGUAGACUGGGAUCAGCUAUUCAAAGAAGCAUAUAGAUGUCUCAAACCAGGUGGCUAUAUAGAAAGCCACGAGGCGCUUUCUAGAAUGGACUGCGAUGACGGAAGUAUCACCGAGAAGAGCGCCAUGCACCAAUGGGGAAAGUUCUUCGUUGAGGGUGGUCAGAAGAUCGGUCGUUCGUUUACGAUCGUUGAAGACGGAGUACAGAGAUCAGCUAUGGAGAAGGCUGGUUUUGUUAAUCUUGAGGAACGUGACUUCAAGGUUCCCAUUGGAGGUUGGCCAAGGGAUCCUAAGAUGAAAGAAAUUGGCAAGUAUGCUCAGGCUACGCUUGAGCAGGAUAUUGAAGGUUACGUUUUGUUCAUGGCGAAUACCGUGGAAGGAUGGACUAGGGCGGAGGUCGAGGUGUAUGUCUCGAUGCUAAGAAGGGAGUUGAGGCAGGGGACUAUGCAUCCUUAUUAUCAGCAGAAGGUUGUCUGGGCUCAGAAACCAAAUGAAUAA